UCUCUCCAAGUUCACACUUUUCUUCUUUUAGGUCCUUUUACGUUGCAGAAAAAAUAAUAAUCGAAAUCCAACCAACAAACAACUACAACGACAUUCGUCAAUCUUCUCUCUCACUCUGCGGAUUGCGUAAACGCGUGUUCAGUGCUUCAGAGAGAAGGCGAAAGGUGGUUGAGUUACGAUGUUGGAGUCGUGUUACAAGCCGCUGGAACGGUGUUUCGGCGGUGGUGGUGGCGACGGACUUUUAUGGAACAUGGACUUGAAGCCACACGCAUCCGGUGAAUACUCCGUUGCAGUUGUUCAGGCCAAUUCAUUGCUCGAAGACCAAGGUCAAGUGUUAACUUCACCAUCCGCGACUUACAUCGGAGUCUACGAUGGUCACGGUGGUCCCGAAGCCUCUAGAUUCAUCAACACUCACCUCUUCCGUUACCUCGAGAAAUUUGCUGAUGAACGUGGAGGAUUAUCCAAGGAUGUGAUAGCCAAGGCAUUUGAUGCAACCGAAACUGAAUUUUUGCAUUUAGUGAAAGAAUCGUGGCUUGAUAGACCACAAAUUGUCUCAGUAGGUUCAUGCUGUCUUGUUGGUGUGAUCUCAAAUGGUACUCUUUUUGUGGCAAACCUUGGGGACUCCAGGGCUGUGCUUGGCCGGGAAGCUUCCGGUGGUGGCAGGAUGGUUCAUUCUUCAACUGUGGUGGCAGAAAGGCUAUCAACCGACCAUAAUGUUGGGGUUGAAGAGGUCAGAAAAGAGGUCAAAGCCCUUCAUCCUGAUGAUGCACACAUUGUAGUGUACACUCAUGGUGUCUGGAGGAUAAAAGGCAUUAUCCAGGUGUCAAGAUCAAUCGGAGAUGUAUACCUGAAGAAACCAGAGUAUAACAGAAACCCUCUCUUCCAGCAGUAUGCAUCCCCUUUCCCUUUAAAAAGAGCUGUAAUGUCAGCAGAGCCAUCGAUAAUAACUCGAAAGCUAAGGCCACAAGAUCUGUUCUUGAUUUUUGCUUCAGAUGGUUUAUGGGAACAACUCAGUGAUGAAGAUGCGGUUGAAAUUGUUCAUAAGAAUCCCAGAAACGGGAUAGCAAAGAGAUUAAUAAGAGCUGCAAUAGAGGUGGCAGCAAGGAAAAGAGAAAUGAGAUAUGAUGAUAUAAAGAGAAUUGAAAAGGGUGUGAGGCGACAUUUUCAUGAUGAUAUUACAGUGGUGGUGAUUUACCUUGAUGGAGAUGAUAAUUCUCAUCUUUCUCCAUGA